GGCAGCGUCACUCCCAGCAUGCACUUGAUGGAACAGUAACUGGUCGUUGUGUCGGAAACAUGGCAGCCGUCAGUAAAUACCUGACAGCGAAAAACUCCUCCAUAGCGGGCGGCGUUCUGCUUGUUUUAUACCUGCUCAAACAGAGGAGACGGGCGGCCAGGUACAACGGUAAAAAAGGAGGCUCGGAGCUAGUGCUGAACAGUGAGAAAGAUGUCAAAAAAGACAGAGCGGCCGUGGACAGGGUCUUCUUUCUCCGAAUCAUGCGCAUUCUGCGGAUCAUGGUGCCUCGAUUCUUCUGCAUGGAGACAGGCUACCUAAUCCUCAUUGCGGCCAUGCUGGUGACCAGGACCUACUGUGACGUGUGGAUGAUCCAGAACGGCACCAUGAUUGAAAGUGCAAUUAUCGGUCGGUCAACAAAAGAUUUCAAGACCUACUUGUUCAGCUUUAUCAAAUUCAUGCCACUUAUAGCCUUGGUGAACAACUUUUUGAAGUUGGGCCUGAAUGAGCUGAAGCUAAGGUUCCGUGAGAGGCUCACCAAGCACCUCUACGACCAGUACCUCCAAGGUUACACAUACUACAAGAUGGGUAAUCUGGACAACCGGAUAGCCAAUGCGGAUCAGCUGCUCACCCAAGAUGUAGAGAGGUUCUGCAAUAGUGUGGUGGACCUCUACUCCAACCUCAGCAAGCCUCUCUUGGACAUCGGCCUGUACAUUUUCAAGUUGACAAGUGCCAUUGGUGCCCAGGGUCCAGCCAGUAUGAUGGCCUACCUGCUAAUCUCAGGUCUGUUCCUGACCAGACUCAGGCGGCCCAUAGGGAAGAUGACAGUUGUUGAGCAGCGCUAUGAGGGGGAGUACCGCUAUGUUAACUCUCGCCUCAUCACCAACAGUGAGGAAAUUGCCUUCUACAAUGGAAACAUUCGGGAAAAACAGACGAUUCAUGCCACUUUCAAGAAACUGGUUGACCACUUGCACAAUUUCAUCUUCUUCCGCUUCUCCAUGGGCUUCGUUGACAGCAUAAUUGCCAAGUACCUGGCUACAGUGGUGGGCUACCUUGUGGUCAGUCGGCCAUUCCUAAACCUGUCCCACCCCCGACACCUACAGAGCACACACUCUGAGCUGCUAGAGGAUUACUACCAGAGUGGAAGGAUGUUGCUGAGGAUGUCCCAGGCCCUGGGCAGGAUUGUACUGGCUGGCCGAGAAAUGACUCGCCUCUCAGGCUUCACAGCUCGUAUCACUGAACUUAUGAAAGUCCUGAAGGAGCUUAAUGCUGGUAAAUAUGAACGCACCAUGGUCUCCCAGCAAGAGAAAGAAUCAGAUGCUGCAGACAAAGUCAUAUUGGUACCUGGAAGCGGCCGGAUUAUCAACACAGACAACGUCAUCAAGUUUGACCACACUCCGCUAGCAACACCCAAUGGGGAUGUCCUAAUCCGAAACCUCUCAUUUGAGGUGAGAUCUGGCACCAAUGUUUUAGUAUGUGGACCAAAUGGCUGUGGAAAGAGCUCUCUCUUCAGGGUCCUUGGAGAACUGUGGCCUCUGUUUGGAGGUCAGCUGACCAAACCUGAGAGAGGGAAACUCUUCUAUGUUCCACAGAGACCCUACAUGACCCUGGGCUCUCUGAGGGACCAGGUGAUCUACCCAGAUACCUAUGAAGAACAGAGAAGGAAGGGCAUCUCGGAUCAGGUGUUGAAGGAAUACCUGGAUAACGUUCAGUUGGGUCAUAUCCUGGACAGGGAGGGCAGCUGGGACACAGUCCAGGACUGGAUGGAUGUCCUCAGUGGAGGGGAGAAGCAGAGAAUGGCUAUGGCCAGGCUGUUCUAUCACAAGCCCCAGUUUGCCAUUCUGGAUGAAUGCACCAGUGCAGUGAGUGUGGAUGUGGAGGACUACAUCUACAGCCACUGCCGGACGGUUGGCAUCACCUUGUUCACUGUGUCCCACAGAAAGUCACUGUGGAAACACCAUGAGUACUACCUCCACAUGGAUGGGAGGGGGAACUACGAGUUCAAGCCCAUCACAGAGGAAACCGUGGAGUUUGGCUCCUAAUUGACUGGCAGCGGCAGCCACAUUCACUGCGUUUCUGACAAAACCAGUCCACUAAUUAUCUGCACUCAAAACAGAAGUUGUAACUGAAACCUAGACAUUGCUGUUUUUAAUCAAUUCUAACUUUGUUUUCCAGUCUUUUAUUUAAAAAGAAAUAAAUUUAGUCCUGAUUAAUGAUUUAUUUGUUCAAGGUGAUUGUAAAUAAUUUAUGUUGGCCAUUUUGCAUUGCACUAGGCCAACCAUGGAGAUUGGUGAGAAGAGGCAAAUCUAGUCUCAUGUUUGCAUCAUAUGCCUGCAAACUAAAUCCUAUAUCAUACUGGUAAAAGGCAAGUUAGCUUGAAGGAAUAUUUUGAUUUCAUUCUUGGCAAGCUCAACACCUUAGUCGCCAUCACAGCAGGUUCCACAGGUUUGUGUCAUUCAGAGGACAAUAUUAGCUAUAUGUAAGUGUAACAUGAUGCUACUUAGACAUGCACUUGGUAGAAAUGAUCGCUGCCCCUGUGGGGGUUAACUUUUCAUAAAACUGGAUCUCCACCAUGCGUGUUGACUUACCUUGGCCCUACACAUCUGGACAGAAACAGUUCCAAAAGUCCAGCUAUGUAAAAAGUCAGUUUCAAAGUGAAAAUGACAACACUUUUUGUCUGUGUAUGCAUGUGUCUGUCUGCAGCUAAUAUUGGAUACUACUGGGCCUAUUACCCUAAUAUUUUUUGUGGACAGUUACAAUGUAUGACCUGUAUGAUGUAGGACCUCUCAUGGUUGCAUAUUUUCCCUUCCCUUCGUAGGCGGAGAAAUGGCUGUUUUUUUUGCAGAGCAGGUCCGAGCAGGGGAGAUACCGAGGCAGUGCCUACGUAUCUUCCCCUCUCCAGUGCCAAAAAAAAAAAAAAAAACUGUUGGGGAGUUGGCACUCAGUUGAGGUUCUUGAUCAUACAGCAAUAAUGGUGCACAAAACAUAUAAGGCAGACAGGCCCAGUAGUAUGCAAGAUUAGCUGCAGACAGAUACACACACGACUUAGCACAUGAUCCCAUCCCGGCUGCCGCCUGGCAGAGAUAAUGACACUGGUACAUAAACUGCAAAUCUAGAUGGUGGUGGCCAGUGACCAAAACUAGCUUGUUGCCCUUGCAUCAGACGUGCUUCACUGGAUUUUCAACUCCACAGGAAAGUUAACUAUUGUCAGAAAGAUCCAUUCUUGUCACAUAGAAAAGUGGGGCAUCAGCUUUAGUAUUGUAUUAAAUUCUGUUGUCUAAUGCUGUUAAGAUGAAGUCUAAUAAAUGUUUUGUUUGUUUUUUGUUUUUGUUUUUUUUUUAGGAUAGAAUAGGUGUUCUUGAAUUUGGGAUAAUACAAAUUGAAAAAGAUUGGACUAGGGUUUAUGAGAGACAUAUGAACCUUGGAACUUGCUCAGAAGUGCAAUGAUGGCUGGUCUCAGUUGAUCACACCGGCACAUGAAUAUGCAGACUGGCAAAAACCUUUCCUCAACCCCUUUGCCAUUACUCAGCAGUUGCCUCUUACUCUGUUUUUGUCUGUUUUUGUUCGUGUAAUAUAACACUAUUCAAAGUCCUUUUUGGAAAUGUAAAGAAGAGUGUGUAGAACUCAUGGUUUAUAUGGACGAUGAUGGUAUUAUGAUGUGACGAAAAGCGCAUGCACCUGCAAUAAACUGUAAGAAUAAUGCAUUUUCAUUAAAGAGAGAACAUUUUCCUUUCCCCAGUGUGUGAUGAUGGAACGGUAUGUGUGCCUUACUAUGUGUAGUGAGUAAAUGAUCAGCUCUAAUACUGUGAACCAAUCUAGAUGAUGUUUGUGGAAUUUGGGUUAAAGGUCACUUUCACCUGACAGAGUAGAUACUUCUGUUUUUCAUAUGCAGACUUGCAGGUACAGUAAGAGAUUUUAAAUACAAUGAUAAAUGAUCUGGGAAAUUCAGGGAACAUUAGGUCAUGGAGCUGCACCAGGUUCAUUUUGGAACAGUAUCUGCUCCAGAGCCUCAGCUAAUUGUCUAAUCUUAAUCGGGUUAUCCCUAACAACAUGCAUUUCACUAACCAACAACAGGCAGUGAGACUCACUUAAAGUUUAGCCUUCUAAUCAGAUGAACAGAGAGCUUUGACCUUUGUCCGUCCAGACACAACUCUGCUACAGCAGCUAGACCCGAAAAAGCUCAAAAUAAUCACUGUUUAGCAGGGAUUUCUCAGUUGAGUUCCAGUGCAUGUGGUUUUACUGUUUGAAUAUGUUUUUGCAAAUAUACAUUUAGAACUUUACUGCCAGUGAAUCCCUUAAAAAAGCAAACAUGUAUUAAAAAUGAGAUUAAAUUGGUCUAUACACAAAUUGCAAGAUUCUGUACUGUCACUGAGUAUUUUACCUUCACCUUUGUUGAUCAUAACCCUGCAAACAAUAAAGAAUCUGUUGACAUCUUGAA